AUAGCUUAUAAUGAAAGUAUUAAUCUGCUUUAUAAAUAAGUUAUGUCGCACAUACAACAAGACAGAUUGUUCCAUAGAGAUGUUUGUCCACUUAGAUAGGAAAUACUUGUCAAAGAAUGUGUACUUUUUGUGGUGGUUGUUUGUAAUUAUUCAAAUUAAAGUUUUUUCGAGUCAUUCCAACUUAUUGGGAAUAUUUUUAUUUUGAUCUGUUUGUGUAGUAAGACUUUCAUUGGCCUUAAAGUUCAAGUGUUGAUAUAAUGUGUGUGGAUUAUUAGUUUCACAACAACAAACGUAUUCUUCAGUUAGUUUAUCUAAUAAAAUAAAAUAAAAAUUAGCAACGAUUAAAAAUGUUUGCUGUUAAAAACAACUACAUCGUCCUAUGCAAUGAGAACGAUCAAGUGCUUAUAUCGAAGAUGAGUGACGAAAAAGAACGGCUGCUAGACACCGACGGAGAUAUUGGAUACAAAAAUAAAGGUUCAACUAAUGAUAAUGAACAAGAUUUAUCGUCUGCCGUAAAAUUAAUCAAAGAACAAUCAGAGGUACUGCAGCAACUACGAAGUAAACUAAAAGAGGAGCAGCAGAAAAACAAAGCUUUCGAAAGUAAACUUCAAAAAUUACAAAACGACUUUGAAAAAUUAAACUUCCUUUAUACGGGGCUUGCAGACGCGAAAAAUGAAGAAUUGGAAAAAUUACAAAAUACAUUUGAGGUACAAAAAGAACUUCAAGCAUCCGUUGUGGAUGAGCUGCGUUUUCAAAUGCAAAGCAUUCGUAAUAAAUUCGACACUAGCCGAAAUCACUUAGUUGAGAAUGGUGCGACAUCUCCGUCUAAACUACCUCCAUCCAAUCCGAAGUUGGUGGCUUUAAGCGAAGACUCGCCUAAAAGAGUACUUCGUAAAAAUUCCGAUGAUAGCACUGGUACGACUGGCUCUAGUCCGUGUUUAUUAUCGCGACUAAAUACGAUUCAUCGAGGAGAGAUCGUGUGGAGAAUCAAUGGAUUCACUAAAAAGCUAAAAAAAAUUCAGUCCGGUAGUUACGAUGACCCGAGCCGAUCUGAACCAUUCACAACCGGUCCUUUCGGUUACCGGCUUUCUCUUUGGGCUUACUUGAACGGACGAGGAAAGGGCGAUAAGAAAUGUUUAUCACUUUAUGUUCGAGUUAUGGCGGGCGAAUUCGAUCCUGUUCUUAAUUGGCCGAUCAAACCGUGUUAUACAUUUUACUUAAUUAGUCAAGAUAGUGAUAGUAACAAACGAUUAGACUUGGUGCGAGUGCGUGAUCUAUCGAUAAAACAUAACGGUAUAUCGCGUCCACAUAAAGAUGACAAAUCGAUUAUAGUAGGUUUUGAUGAUUUUAUCGUGCACGAGGAUAUCGAGAAAAAGAACUUUUUGCUUGAUGAUUCGUUAUUUAUCAAAUGUGUGGUAGAAGUACCACAGUCGUUUUAACACGAACAUUUUUUCAUACGUGGUUGUGUGGAAUUAAAACCAAACGAACGCUAGUCGUUUGACUCGUACAAAACUUUGUCGUCUUCUUGAAUUAACCUCCGAAAUUUUACUUAAACAUUUAAGGUCUUUCUGCAUACGAUUUCUCGCUUUUUUGCCUUUCAAUCCUCGCAAAUACUUUUUUGAUCAGCCAAUCCAACUUUGGUUGGGUGUUAGCUAGAAAUAUCAGGAUUGUGUGACGUUUAUUGUACAAUGACAAAAGAAUUAAACUAAAAGAAUAACUUUAGGGGUGUUUUUGAUUGUUUUUAUAAUUGUGGAAUUAUACAACUUUAAAUGCAGACUCCUUUUUAAUUCAAAUUUUUCAAAUUUAUUAUUUUAGAGGUCUGCGACUGAAGUUGUAUAUUGGCGUAUUUAAUUUAUUUAUUGCACUAAUUGAUAGUGCUCUUUUUACGAUAAUAAUUUUUUAACCUUUUUCUUGUAAUUUUUGUAAUAUAUUCAGUCGAUAUUUCUUUUCAUGAUUCAUUUAUCAAUGAAGACUGUAAUGAACAAAAUCAGAAAAUCAUAAAAAGUCUUAUUCCCCUUUAAAAGUAGCAUUAUUUCAAGUUGCCACAUC